AUGACAAGACCGGAUGGGCGCGCAAACGACGAACUGCGUCCGACAAAGAUAACCUGCGGUGUGCAGGCAUUCCCGGAGGGCAGCGUGCUGAUAGAGACGGGAAUGACGCGCGUCCUGUGCGCCGUCAGCGUCGAGGACAAUGUGCCCCGCUUCCUGCGCGGCUCCGGGCAGGGUUGGGUAACGGCAGAGUACGCGAUGCUUCCACGCUCCACCCUGACGCGGACUCCGCGAGAACGCACUCCGCGAGGCCGCACACAGGAGAUACAGCGACUUAUAGGCAGGUCGUUGCGCGCCGCCGUUGACCUGGAGCAACUCGGAGAGCGCACUUUCACGGUGGACUGUGAUGUGCUGCAGGCGGACGCGGGCACACGCACGGCGGCUAUCACGGGGAGCUAUGUCGCAUUGCAUCUGGCAAUAGCCGCGCUGGUCGAUGAGAAGCAGCUGCCGGAACUACCCAUUCUGUCAGCCAUUGCCGCCACGAGCGUAGGCAUUGUGGACGGCGAAGUGCUGCUCGAUUUGUGCUACGAGGAAGACGCGGAUGCGGAUGCGGACUUCAACAUCGUAAUGACCGCGGAAGGCGAGUUUGUCGAAGUGCAGGGCACGGCAGAGGGCAUCCCAUACUCAAGAGGCGCCCUCGAUAAUGUGCUUUCGGCUGCCGAAGACGGCAUAAGGCAACUUAUCGCGAUCCAGCAGGAUGCUAUCGCCUCCGCCUAG